AUGAUGGAGAAAGAAAUACUCUGGUAUUUUCUUCAUUUUUGGGGACCAGUUGCAAAUUGGGCCAUUCCUUUGGCAGCUAUAGGGGAUUUCCAGAAAGACCCAGAACUGAUCAGUCCAUACAUGACCCCAGCCCUCAUUGGCUACUCCUCGGCCUUUGCCAGGUUUGCGUGGAUGGUCAAACCUCGUAAUCUGCUGCUCCUGGCCUGUCACAUGACCAACAUUAGUGCUCAGUGCGUCCAAGCCUGUAGAUACGUCAACUACUUCUAUUUGACGAAGCCAGAGGAUAGAAAGAAACACCAUAUAGAGGUGGUAGAGAAAGAGAUUCACACCCACCCCGAGCAGUACCCUAAAGUCCACAUCAAGGACCACCCCUCCCCACGGGAACAGGCGGAGGAGGUCAAGGAAUUUGACGCCGCCUACAAACUACCAAAAGAGACCCCCGUCAUUACUUAACUUAGAUGUCUCUUAGAGGAAAUUUAAUUAAUAUCAAGGAUUUUUUUAUUUUUAUUUAUGUUAAUUGUUUUGUACAAUCAACUUUGUUGAUGAUAUUCUAGAAGAUGUCUUCUUUAAAAUCAAUUUUGACAGGGCUUAUGCAUAUGUAAAAGAGCAGUAAAAAAUGAGAAAAGUGAGAGGAACAAAAAGUUUUAAAUAAUGACAGACUCUUUAAAGAAGCAAAAUUCUUCUCAGUAAUGAUUAUAUAUUUCAUGUUUUAAGUCUGCUGUUUAGAUCUGU